AGAGAGCUAGACUGUGUGCUCGUGUUUCUGAACUACUGGAACCUAUGGAGAUCGGCAAGAAGCUUAAGGAGACUACUUCACUGUCGCCGCCUCUUCUUCCUGCAGCUCGGAAGGCGCUCGUCGUGCCCCUGCUCUUGCUGCUGCUCAUCGUUUCUGUAGCUCCACCCACUGCAUCCGAUGGAGUGCGCUACGAUUACAGAGCUUACACUGAGUGCAAAUCACAUCCUGAGCCUGCGUUGUACAAUGGUGGCAUACUGCGUUGGGCGAACAAAGUGACGGACUUCAGAAAGGAGGACGACGGCAACUAUUCGCCAGCAUUUGUGCUGUAUAAUAUGUCUGCGGCAACCGUAUACAGCUUCUCUUGCUGGGUGAAAAUCGAUGGGACAUCAACUGCUCAUGUGAAAGCAAAGAUAUUAACGCUAGCAAAUGCUGCAUCUCAAUGCCUUGGUACAGCUCUGGUGCGAAACGACUGUUGGUCCUUUCUCAAGGGUGGUUUUACCCUCAACUCGGCUUCAGAAACCUCGGUCCUAUAUUUCCAGACUGCAAGCCCAAAUGCUUCCACAAUCUCAAUCAGAAGUGCAUCUUUGCAACCAUUUUCACCAGAAGAAUGGAAUCAGCAUAGAGAGGACCGCAUUCAACUGAACCGGAAACGCUUUGUAAACGUCCACGUGGCAGACAGCAACGGAAAUCGCCUGGUUGGUGCUAAGGUUACGGUGCAUCAGAUCACCAGAGAUUUCCCAUUCGGCUCUGCCAUCAGCAGGACCAUCCUUGGGAACAAGCCUUAUCAGGAAUGGUUCAACAAGAGGUUCAAUGCGGCGGUGUUCGAGAACGAGCUCAAGUGGUACGCGACCGAGCCGUAUCCGGGGAAAGAAGACUAUACGGUGGCAGACCAGCUGCUGCAGUUCGUGCAAGCCAACGAUGCGGUGGUGCGCGGGCACAACAUCUUCUGGGAGGACCCGAAGUACACGCCUGCGUGGGUGAAGAACCUGACAGGAUCCCAGCUCCAUGCCGCCGUGUCCGGCCGCAUUGAGAGCCUUCUCUCCAGGUACAAGGGCGACUUCGUGCACUGGGACGUCAGCAACGAGAUGUUGCACUUCGACUUCUACGAGAACCGCCUUGGGAGCAAUGCCACCGUCGAGUUCUUCAACACGGCCAAGCGCGCCGACCCACUAGCCACACUCUUCCUCAACGACUUCAACGUCAUCGAGGUCUGCGACGACCUCAGCUCCAGCGCAGACUCCUACGUCUCCCGCCUCCGCCAGCUCGCCGACGGAGGCGUCACCUUCGAGGGCAUCGGCCUCGAGGGACACUUUAGCAAGCCCAACAUCCCCUACGUGCGUGCCGUGCUCGAUAAGCUUGGGACCCUUCGCCUCCCCAUCUGGCUCACCGAGAUCGACAUCAGCAGCUCAUUCGAUCCCAAGACCCAGGCUGCUUACUUGGAAGAAGUGCUCCGAGAAGGGUUUGCCCAUCCAUCCGUGGAUGGCAUAAUGCUAUGGACCGCAAUGGACGCCAACGCUAGCUGCUACCAAAUGUGCCUGACAAACCAGAAUUUCAGCAACCUUCCUGCAGGAGAUGUGGUCGACAAGCUGCUAGGAGAGUGGCAGAGCAAGGAGACCCUAGGAACAACCAACGACCGCGGCUCCUUCAAUUUCAGUGCCUUCUUGGGCGAAUACAAGCUGUCAGUGACUUAUCACAACCUCACAGCUGAAGGCACCUUCUCACUGGCUCAUAGUGAUGAUACCAAGCAUAUCAACAUCCGGUUAGCACCAUUACCUUGAAUUGAUUCGUGUGUUAGAGAGAUCUGUACGUAUAUCUAUUUGAUAUAGAAUGGAUAUCUAUAUGCGCAUAUCUGUAUCUGGAUUGAGGAUUUGUGUUCCGCUUUUCUUAUUUGUCGAGCCACCAUAUUUUCGCAAAUUGUUAGUAUCCUUGACCAUCAGAUAUCAUAUUAUGAUUC